UGUGGUCAGAGGAGCUUCAGUGUAGAGGAAACAAAUCUCAGACUCACUUCUGUCCAAAAUCAUCUUCACUCAAACACAACUGCUCCCAUGAUAAUGAUGUGGGACUGGUGUGUUCUGGCAGUGUGAGGUUGGUAGAUGGUGACAGUCGCUGUGCUGGGAGAGUGGAGGUUCUUUAUAGAGGACAGUGGGGAUCAGUGUGUGGUAAUAACUGGGAUAUGAGAGAUGCUGCAGUGGUGUGUAGAGAGCUGGGCUGUGGAGAAGCUGUAGAUACAUAUCAUGAGUCUUACUUUGGAUCAGCAUCAGGACCAAUCUGGAUGGAUAAUGUGCACUGCAGUGGCUCUGAGUCUACACUGAGGAACUGUGAAUCAGCAGGAUGGGGUAAACAUAACUGUGAUCAAUCUAAAGAUGCUGGAGUCAUCUGUUCAGGGGUCAGAUUGGUGGGCAGAUCUCGCUGCUCUGGGAGAGUGGAGGUUCUUCAUGGAGAGAGCUGGGUCACAGUGUGUGAUGCUGACUUUGACCAGCAGGAUGCAGAGGUUGUGUGUCGAGAGCUGGGCUGUGGUUCUCCUGUGGAGGUUCUGGGAGCAGCUGCUUUUGGUAGAGGGGAGGGUCAGGUGUGGUCAGAGGAGCUUCAGUGUAGAAGAAACGAAUCUCAGAUUCACUUCUGUCCAAAAUCAUCUUCACUCAAACACAACUGCUCCCUUGAUGAUGAUGUGGGACUGGUGUGUUCUGAAAGUGUGAGGUUGGUGGAUGGUGACAGUCGCUGUGCUGGGAGAGUGGAGGUUCUUCAUAAAGGACAGUGGGGAACAGUGUGUGAUAAUAACUGGGAUAUGAUAGAUGCUGCAGUGGUGUGUAGAGAGCUGGGCUGUGGAGAGACUGUAGAUGCACUUAGUGGUGCUUACUUUGGAUCAGGAUCAGGACCUAUCUGGAUGGAUAAUGUGGAGUGUAGAGAAUCAGAAUCCAUACUAAAGAACUGUAAAUCAGCAGGAUGGGGUAAACAUAACUGUAAUCAUCCUAAAGAUGCUGGAGUCAUCUGUUCAAGAGUCAGGCUGGUUGGAGGUUCUCACUGCUCUGGGAGAGUGGAGGUUCUUCAUGGAGAGAGCUGGGUCACAGUGUGUGAUUCUGACUUUAACCAGCAGGGUGCAGAGGUUGUGUGUCGAGAGCUGGGCUGUGGUUCUCCUGUGGAGGUUCUGGGAGCAGCUGCUUUUGGUAGAGGGGAGGGUCAGGUGUGGUCAGAGGAGCUUCAGUGUAGAGGCAACGAAUCUCAGAUUCACUUCUGUCCAAAAUCAUCUUCACUCAAACACAACUGCUCCCAUGAUAAUGAUGUGGGACUGGCAUGUUCUGGUGACAAGCGAAGACUUGUUGGUGGUCCUCACGCAUCCUCUGGGAGAGUAGAGAAGCUUCAUCGGAAUUCUUGGCUUCCAGUGUGUGAUGCUGACUUUAACCAGCAGGAUGCAGAGGUUGUGUGCAGCUGGGAGCUGGGCUGUGGUUCUCCUGUGGAGGUUCUGGGAGCAGCAGCUUUUGGUAGAGCAGAGGGUCAGAUGUGGUCAGAGGAGCUUCAGUGUAGAGGCAACGAAUCUCAUAUGUACCUCUGCCAGACAUCUCCUUCCUUGAAACCCAACUGCUCUCACAACAAGGAUGUGGGACUAAGAUGCUCUGGUCAUACUCAGGCUCGGCUGAUGAACGGCUCAGAUUCCUGUUCUGGUCGAGUGGAGCUCCAGUACCUCAGUGAGUGGGGUACAGUGUGUGAUGUAAGCUGGGAUAUGAAAGCUGCCAGUGUCCUCUGUGCUCAGCUGAAGUGUGGGAGUUCUGUGGCUGUGUUGGGGUCAGACUGGUUUGGGGAGGGGAGUGGCCGGAUCUGGGCGGAUGUGUUUGAUUGUCAGGGGAACGAAACACACCUGUUAAAAUGUCCCAUUUCAUCAUGGAGUCGAACUGCAUGCUCUCAUAAACAGGAUGUUGGACUCAUCUGCAGUGGUUCUUCUCUGGCGUCUCAUGAGGGAGGAGUGCGGUUGUCUGGAGGGAUGGAGUGUGAGGGGGAGGUAGAGGUUUUCUUCAGGCAGGACUGGAGGAGAGUUCUGCUGGACUCCUGGAGUGAGUCUGAGGCCUCUGUGGUCUGCAGACAGCUGGGCUGUGGUUCUGUACUCAACACCUCCAGCUCCUCUUCAUCCAGUCCUGAACACAGCUACAUGUGUGUGACGGGUUUCAACUGCUCUGGGAGUGAAGCUCAUCUGAGGAACUGCAGCAGCAGCUCACAAGCAGUUAACUGCAGCUCCACAGUACAGCUCUACAUCACCUGCUCUGGUACAUCUAACACAGUCCACAGCUUCAUCAGGCUGGUUGGUUCUUGGGGAGACUGUGCUGGAAGGCUGGAGGUUUUCCACAGUGGAUCAUGGGGGACAGUGAGUGAUGAAUUGUGGGAUAUUGAGGAUGCGCAGGUGGUCUGCAGACAGCUGCAGUGUGGAGUCGCCCUCAGUGCUCCAGUACCAGUACCAGCCCGGUUUGGAUCUGGAACUGGACCCAUUUGGCUGAAUGAGGUGGAGUGUGAGGGGAACGAGGCGUCUCUGUGGAACUGCAGAUAUCAGCUGUGUGGAGAGGAUGAAUGUGGACACAAGGAUGAUGUAGGAGUCGUGUGCUCAGAGUAUAAAGAGAUCAGACUGACUGAGGGCUGUGAGGGGAAUCUGGAGGUGUACUAUAAUGGAACCUGGGGGAAUGUGUGUGUAAAUGGGAUGACUGAUGAAACGGCAAAAUUGAUCUGUCGAGAGCUGAACUGUGGAAGAACUGGCAGUGAGUCUUGGUCUAAAGCAAGAGUGGAAUCAGCUCCUAACUGGCUGGAUAAUGUAAAAUGUAGGAAACAUGACUCCACUCUGUGGCACUGUCCAUCUUCUUCCUGGGGGGAGAACAGGUGUGAUAAUCGCAAUGAGGUUGCUUGCAUUACCUGCUCAGAGAAUGGAAAUACACUAGAUUUGACAAAUUGGCUGUGUGAUUCAUCUCCUCAUGAGAGACCGUGCUCAAAGCACAUUCCUCUGAGGCUGAGGGGAGGAGUAGGAAGCUGUUCUGGAUGGCUGCAGGUGUAUCAUAAUAAAACAUGGGGGUCUGUAUGUGGUGACCUCUGGGACAUCAGGGAUGCUCAGGUGGUCUGCAGGCAGCUGGGUUGUGGGCCGGCGCUGAGUGCUAAUAGAAGAGCUGCUGAUGGUUCUGGUGGAGGAACUAUCUGGAUGAACAGAGUGAAGUGUAGAGGGAAUGAGAUUCACCUGUGGGACUGUCCUCAUUCCCUGAAGAACCACACUGACGGCUCCCACAGUGCUGGAGUCACUUGUGGAGAUUCUCAACCACAGACAAGAAGAAUCAUACUUCCACAAACUCCUCCACCAGCUGUUCCCUCCAUCUAUCCAGUGUCUCUCCUGGUUCUGGGAUCUGUGCUCUUCCUGGCCUUAGUGCUUCUGGUUGUGCUGUUUUAUCAGAACAGAGUGCUCAGGAGAGUGAUCUCUAAGAGGAGGAAGACUUCAGCUGAGCCUGUCUAUGAGGAGAUUGACACCAGGCUCAUCCCUAAAAGAAUUACUGUCUCAACUGAAAGUAAAGCAGAUAAUGAGGAAAUGCAGUUAAGUUAUGAUGUCAUUUUUGCUGGACAAACACCUGACAGUGCAGCAGAGGAAGAACAAGAUAAUUACGAUGAUGUUAUUGUGGAACAAAACUCAAACAUUGUGAUGGAAAACAUGCUGGAGAUCUAUGAUGAUGUCAUGGAGGUCACUGCUGGACACAUUGCGGCAGCCUCCUUCUGCUGAUCUUCCUCUUUCGGGUGGGGAUGGAGACGGUGGAGUGGCAAGUGCUGCUUGAGCUCCAGGACACUGAAGAUGCUGGGUCUUCGGAGACUGGGCCUGAAUUUACAGAAGAGAAAGAUCUGUAGAUUUACUUUCACAUAGUUACUGUAGUCCUGUAAUAGUUUAUCCAAAUAAGAAGAUCUACAGUUCUCCAUAGUUCAUACAUUUGUCUCAUUAACAUACACUGCUUUUAGCUUGUAUGGGAUCCUGGGCAAACCCCUGAUUCAGCACUUCUCUCAUACCAUUUUAUACACUGCCUGUAAUUAAUGUACUAAACUAGAAAUGUCAAAAAAGUAACCAAAUAAAUAACUUUACUGCAGGAUACACACUAUCAUGAUGAAAUAAUAGAAUUAGUAAAACAACUAUUUUUUUUAAACAAGCAAGCCUGGAUGAAAAUGUUCAGAACAGAGAAUUAAGAAUGACAAGUAUUUAAAAUUAAGUACAGAUACAGUCCAGCAUUCAUUCUGACAGGUGAAUUUAAUUUAGUUUUAGUCUUUUGACUAAAACGUAUAAUAGUUUGUCACACUUUAGUCAUUUAGUCAACAAAACAUUUUAGCCUAGUCUAGUCAAAUAAAAAGUAUGUAUUACAUUUAUGGUUUUACUGUUUUAGAUGUGUAUUAUUUAUUGCUAAUAUUUAUUAAAACACCAGCUUUUAAGUUUUGUUUCAUUUAAAUUAAGCACAAGCUAUUUAAAACAAGGUGUAUGUAUGGACAUAUUGAAAAUUUAAAGAACAACUCCCAGGUUCAGAUGAUGCAAAAAUGAAAGACAACCAAAACUGAGAUAAAAUGGCAAUACUGCUAAUUUCAUUUUAACAGUUUCUCAACUAGAAUCUCUCCUUUACUCACAGCUAAAUUGGUGUACUCUCAUUAUAUAUAUGUAUAUGAUAUAUGUGUGUGUGUGUGUGUAUAAUAAAAUAGCAUUUUAAAAUCUAAGAACUUGCUGACAAAUAUGAUUCAUCUUUAUUCUGAAGUGCUCAGAAUAGCAGAGGACUGACAGCUUAGGUACCAUACUAAUGCAUACAUAACUACAUGGGUAGUUAGUUAUCUAUAUUGUAAUAAGUUGUUCACAGUCAUUACAUUGCAAAAAACUAAAUCUUAGCAAGUGAAAUUAUCUAAAUUUAAGGCAAUAAAUCUUAUUUUCUUCUCUGAUAAGACUUUUUGUCUUACUAAGCAUGGUGUAAGUGUUAGAUUAUUUUGCUUAUUUUAGGGAUAAUUAUCUUAAUCAUUCUUACUUAGAAUUUGUACCUUAUUUUAAGUAAUUUGAACUCAAAAUAAGCACAAUUAAGCAGCAAUCAAGCUAUUCUGAUUCUUGUGUCCAUAAACAGUGACUUUUUUGCUUGAUUUAGGUGUUAAUUCACUCAUUUUGAGACUUUGCCAUUGCUUUUUUGUAAGAAAUCUUACUAAGAAAAUUUUGCUUACCCGAUUGGCAGAUUUGUUUUGCUUAAUACAUAUAUUUGUCUUAAUUUGCAUAUAUUUUAUGUCUAGUUUUUUUUUUUUUUUUUUUUUUUUUGCAGUGUAGUGUAAACUGCACUGUGAAGUUUUAAAUUAAGGGAUGAAAUUAGUCCCCCUGUGUUAAAAAAAAGCUUCUUUUACCCGGUGAAAAUAGUCACACUUCCAUUACAUUAUGCUAACAUUACUUUGUUUUAAAGCAAUUGACCUAUAAAGAUAGUGAGCCAAAUUUAGGUCGAGCCAAGUUUAUGAAACUACACACUUUUACUGCAGUACAGAUUUACACUCUCUACUAAAUAAUCCAUCUCAAAAGCAGAAAAAACGUACUUUAUACUGGGAGGCUAUAUCGUUAAAUAUAGGGAGUAUAGGGAAUGUUUUCUUCUGAUUUUGAGCUGGACUUUUUAGCAGGGUCAACAUUACUGGCUUUCAGGAGCCUAAUCUUUAAAUUCUUAACAAUUAGCUAUAUUGUAGCGAAGCUGCUUUUAUAUUCUGUUCACUGUGAAUUCACUGUUCUGUUCUGUGCUGGGCUUGUGAUUGGGGUAGGGGGAGGGGCAGAGCAGGAAAGCGCGUGCGUGUGAAGGGAGAGAGAGAGAGAGAGAGAGAAGAGCUGCCCGUGAGUGUGUGCUGAGAGUGAGAGCUAGAGUUAACCAGUUAGCACUAGCUUUUUGUUAUUUUUCGUAGUGAUGGGCAUAACAGCUCUUUUAGAUGAACUGAACCAUUAGAAUAAGUUCACUAAAAAGAUGGGAGACGGAAAGGUCUCCCGUUUUUUUUACAAGUGUUGUAAAAAUAUAUAUAAAU